ACCUGCAGCUGCGACCACAGAGAUGGAGACUACAGCAUUGCGGGAAUAACAGAACCUACGUGUCGAGUCCUCCAUACAGGGGAGCAGUUCAGUUACCUGACUUUUUAUUUCAAGACAAGGAGCGUUAUUAGUGAUAAUAUGUGCAGAAGGAGCCCAGUCUUGCAGCUGUCACCGCGUUAAAACGUGUCAACCUUGAAAGCGGAGGUCGGUUCGGACAGACAGAACUCCUGUGUGCAAACCGGAUCUCACGUCCAACCUGGAGACGUAUUUUGCUGCAUUCACGAUGAUCUGAGCGUGACUUCUUGUCGCUGAGUAGAGGCAAUCCCCUCUCUCUCUUUCCUUUCUUUCUCUCCCCAAUCUCCUCCCUGCCUUUCUUUUUCCUUUUUCCUUUGCUGGAUUGAGCACAGGCUGCCCAGUCACUUAGCCCCCUUUUCCAGCACCGGGGAACCCGACAGAGAUGCUACGACUCAGUUUCAGCACCACGGAGAGCGCCCGACUUUUGCUGCUAUGUGUGUUGGGUGUUCUGGUGUCCGCUGUGUCGGCGGAGCAGGAGGGGGAGAACCUGUCCGGUCUCUCCAACAACCCAGACAAAGCCAUCUUCGCGGUCCGGGAGAACGGCACAACAUGUCUGAUGGUGGAGUUCGCCGUGAAAUUCCUCGUGCCAUAUGACGUGCUGGCACUCAACGGGAUAGACCUGAUCACAGAGCAGGCGUCGUUCACUUUGCCCCGUAGUGCAGAAAUCGAGGGGAAAUGUGGGAGCACGGAUUCAGAGAUCCACAUCUCCUGGAAGAACAACGCGUACACCCUCCGCAUCUACUUCUCUAAGGAGUUCCAUGACAAGGGCAUUGAAGUGUGGAAGAUCAGCAAGGUCCAGUUUGUCUACGACACCUCGGAGACAUCACAUUUCAUCAACGCAUACAACCCUGGGAAGCACACAGCCAGCACCCACCGCCUGUCGGCCCUGGUGACCCCAGCCGGGCACUCCUUUGUGUGCACAGCGCAGCAGACCUUGACCCUCAUCUCCAGUGACCACCAGAAGGGCAUAACCGUUUCUAUGUAUGACACCCAGAUCCAGCCCUUUGACAUCGCCUCCGACUUCAUGUUCAGUGAACCUUACAAGUGCAUCACCGACCAGCGGGAGCGCCUCGAGGAGACCCUCCCCCUCAUUCUGGGUUUCAUUUUGGGCCUAAUAAUUGUCAUCACGCUCACGGUCUACCACUUCCACCUCAAGCUGACUGCGGCUCAGCCCCAGCUUCCCAGAGAUCGCUCCAUGUACAAGAACAUGUAGUGAGCAGCGGCGACGGCUCCCUCGGCCCUCUCCGAAGCUAACCCGAUGAAAGACUCCUCAACGUCGCGGGCUUUUACCACCAGAGAGGAUUGUGCCCCCGCGCUGGACUGAAUCCCGGAUUGACAAAUGUGUGUAGCCUGUGCUGUACUGCCCACUGGAACUCCUGAACAGCUAAAACACGAGUUAAUGGGACAGCUUGGGGCCCAGCAUGGAUGUGGUUGGAGGGUAAACCCACCAAAACCUACUUCACCUGCUGAAUUGAAUCUUAUCGCCCUAAAUCGUCUGCAUUAAAGUGUUUAGAAUUUUAAUGAAAAUAAUAUGAAAACAUUUCUGUUCCGAUAAGUCCUCUGAAAAUUUCUAAUUCACCUAUUUUUCCCCAUAAAAUCACCAGUUUAUCAAACUUGUCUUUGAAAGAAAUUUCUGAAACGCCCGAGCUUCUGCUUUCACUCGGCAGCACAUUGCCGUCCUCUUGCCUCCGCCUCUCAGUCUCUGAGAAAUUGCUGCUGAAAUUUUUUCCUUUCACUGGUUGGGUACUUGCUAACCUUUUCUUUUCGGUCCUCUUAUUUCUACAUUUGAAUGCAACCAUCGUCGACAGUGGACAGUCUUGUAGUGUGCAGUGCAGUGGCAUUCAGAGUAGCAGUGUUUUUGCUUCAACAAAUCCUUUCUCCGCACAAAUGUAUGGAACAUAUCAUAAGGAAGAAACAAACAUCUGACAUUUGUGAAUAAUUUAUCAGAAUGCCAUAAAGGUGUGUUUUGAGUGUCUAUGAGAAUGCAGAGUGGUUAUUAAAAAAUGAAAAAUAAAAAACACACUCACACACACACACAAAAAAAAAACAAUGUGUAAAAUACUUUCAGAAUCAAAGUCUAUGCAUAAACCUCUGCUGAUGCAAUCCUGUGCAGUAUUGUCUGUUUGUUUGAAAUAAAUUGCUGGAAUCAUCUAUA